UUGAUCGACACGCGAGGCGGCAAAAUUGUACCAAAUACAAAAAACUUUUUAAAAGGAAAAGACAGAUCCUUGUGCAUCACGUAAAUAGCGUUGUGUUCAUGUGAUCAUUAAUGCGGUAAAAGGAAUAAGAACGGAAAUCUAUUAUGAAUCUUGAGCUUCUUCAGUCUUUUGGGCAAAGCUAUCCUGAGGAAUAUGAUGGCAGCUUGGACUCAGUUAGUGUUGCAGGAACAGCAUCAUUCAACAGAAGAGGUUCUCUCCUUGCUGUGGGCUGUAAUGAUGGACGCAUUGUCAUCUGGGAUUUUUUGACGAGAGGAAUAGCCAAAAUAAUAAGUGCUCAUGUCCAUCCUGUCACAUCUGUCAGCUGGAGUCGAAAUGGACGCAAACUGCUGAGUGGUUCAAAUGACUGGAAUGUUUCUGUGUGGGAUGUUCUAUCUGGGGAGUGUGACCAGAAGUACCGUUUUCAAUCUCCUGUCACUAAAGUCCAGUUCCAUCCUCGCAACAAUAACAUCAUACUUGUGUGUCCCAUGAAACAUGCACCAGUACUUGUCAAGCUGGAUGGACAACACUUUUCUCUGCCAAAUGGUGGAGAGUCCGAACAGAACAUUGUGGCAUCUUUUGAUAGAAAAGGAGAAUACAUUUACACAGGAAAUUCAAAGGGGAAGGUACUGGUAAUUGAAGCAGAGACUCUUCAGGUGGUGACCUCCUUUAGAAUACAAACAGGAACAAGUGCCAAUACAGCCAUCAAGGGUAUAGAAUUUGCACGCAGAGGCAGUGCUUUCCUGAUAAACUCACAGGACAGAAUAAUAAGGGUAUUUGACAGUCAGAUUGUGCUGUCCUGCCAAGGAACAGAAGGAGCGGAGCCUGAGCCAAUACAGAAACUUCAAGAUCUUGUUAAUAGGACACUCUGGAAAAAGUGUUGCUUCUCAGGUGAUGGAGAAUAUAUCUGUGCAGGAUCAUCUCGCACCCAUGCAUUGUACAUCUGGGAAAAAGGAGUGGGAAAUCUUGUUAAAAUUCUUCAUGGUACCAAGGGUGAACUGUUGUUGGAAGUAGUGUGGCACCCUAUCCGUCCUAUUAUAGCCUCGAUUUCAAGUGGGGUUGUCUCGAUUUGGGCUCAAAAUCACGUGGAAAACUGGAGCGCGUUUGCACCAGAUUUUAAAGAAUUGGAUGAAAAUGUAGAAUACGAAGAAAAAGAAAAUGAAUUUGAUAUAGAAGAUGAGGACGAAGAAGCGGAAGUACCGUCCCAAACGGAGAAACAAGGGUGUGGGCUAAAUGUUGUUUGUAUUUUAAAGGAAGAUGAGGACGAAGAAGCGGAAGUACCGUCCGAGACAGAAGCAGGAGAGGAAGAUGAAGUCGAUGUGUGUGCAGUGGAGAGAAUUCCAGCUUUGUGUAGCAGUGACGAGGAGAACGAUGAAGAUUUGGACUCCGUGUACUACCUUCCCGUAGCACCUGAAGUUGACGACCCGGAAGAGACCGGAUGGACUCAAGAAACCGAAAUCCGCCCCCACGAUUCUGAAAACAAGAGGCGUGCUUCUCAGGAAACUGGAGCCGAAUCAUCGAAAAAGAAGGUGAAAGUGAUUGACAUUCGACACAGUUCAAGUGAAGUUCACCAAGAGACUAAAAGCUUCGGUCAGCAAAAGGAACUCUCCAUCCUGAAAGAUGCUCCCUCUGCUGAUACCCCGCCCAUAGUACCGGAAACUGUCGCCAUAGAACCAAGUGAGAUCCAGCCGGACUUGUCCACGGAUUUAGAUACAGACUCUGCAUUUGAGUAACUCCGCUUUCAACAAAGCGCAGAAAACUCUAAACCGUAUUUGAACAAUCAGAAGAACAUUUGCAGAAAGGGACAUCAACUGUUUAACAGGCAAAAUUGAUUGGAAAGAAAUUGGAAACGCUUCUCGUGUUCUUGCGACAGUUGAAGUGUCUUCCCUAAUGCGACAGAACAUUUUCUCCUUAUUUUUUCAUUAUUUUAAGAACAAAGAGCCUUCUUCUUUAAGAAGCCUAUUUCAGAUAUUUUCGAUAUCUUCGCCUGUUUUCCGAAAGAGACUGGUCGAAACGUCGUGUGCGUAAAUGGAAUGUGUUAUUUCAUAGAACUGACAGAUCUGGCUCUGAAGUUCUCAGUUUGCAUACUUUCAGUGGACUUUUCGCGAAAUGCGCGAGAUCUUGAGCGCCGUAGGUUUGCGCACACGAGACAACGGAAAGUACACGCGUGUGUUCACGAGGAAUGAGUUCUUUCCGUUCGGCAAGACGUGGUAGAAGGAAAGCACCCGUUCACUUAAAUGGUUUAGUGGUUAAGACAAAUAAGAGUUGAAAACAGAGCACCGACCCGACGUGAAGAUACGGUGCACCAUGUAAGAACAGCAACAUUUGUCGAAGUCCUGGGGCCGGAUGAAAGUGAAACAAAAACUAGAUAGAGCUUGCAAUAAUAAGCUAACAGAACGUAAACAUGCUUUUCGUGGUAAAAAUUGGCGAGGAAGAUUUUGAAUUUGGCCAGAAAGUUUAGCUUUCUCUAAUCUUAAAUUGAACUAAACUCGUUGGGCCAUUUAUGGUAUUUAGAGGUUGUGCCCCAUGGCAAGUUUGCCUUCAACCGCCUUUACGAGUUUACCUCCUGAAAUGAAAAUAGUUCGCCCCAACCUUUACCACCUCGCCAUACCAUUAUCAGUACACCCCAACCUUAAUCAGGUCGCCCCCAAAUCUUAAAAGUCGUUUUCUAACAGCAGGACAUAUUCCUUUUCUGUCGGAGUCACGGAUUCACUCAAGGAAAAAAAAACUAACAGAUGGCGCUUUUCUCGCACGUCUUAAGACAGAGAAACUAAGGACAAAUUGAUAUAAGCUACCCUAUCUUGGUUGUUAUCAUAAAAAAUAAACUUCAUGAGUUCUGUCUCUUA